AUGUCUGGUUCUGCACAUUCUAAUCAAGUUGCAGAGGAUGACAAAGGGGAAGCUGAAAAUACAGUAGAGAUAGAAAGCAAGAUGGGUGGAAACUCUGGGACAAGAAGAAUCAUGACUCCUGGUGCUGAACUUUCCAAAUACACAGUAGAGGUUGACAAGGGUAAUGCUGAGGAAGUAAUAGAGCUAGAGAUCAACCUGACAAAUGAAACUUUCCAAGUCAACCAGCUUGAUGUGGCCCAGUCUCCCAAGACAGAUGAGGUCACAAAUGAAUCAUGUACUGUGGACUUGGAAUCCCCUGAAGAACUUACAAAUCAAUUGUCAGAAACUACCUCUGAGGAAACUGCUAGGAUGGAGUUAGUCACUUUUCCACUUGGUCCAACAGAGACAUUUGGCCCUGUCCAUAUGCAAUCUAAUGAGCAAAGUGAUCCUCCUGGUCUGUUUGCCCCAGCCAAAGCUCAGAGAUACAGCAAGAGAAAUACUGAUGACUCUAUCUUAGAAGAGCUAGCAAAUAAUUUUGGGGUGAGUUUGGGGCAUGACAAGGGUACCGACAAUCUGCCUUCUGAUUUCAAAGGAUUUCUGAACCUCAAGAGUCUUUCCUUAGUGGAUGUGAGUAUCACAGAUGAAGAUGUUCAGUGUAUGCUAUCCAAAUGCAAUCUUCUGGAGUUUUUUGAGAUUACGUUUUGUAGAAUGGUCACUAGCAUACGAAUGCUUCAUCCUUUGAACCGGUUUAAGCAUUUGGUAGUCCAGAUCUGCCCAGAACUGCAAGAGAUUGAGCUGAACUGUAGUCCAACAACACUCAAGUACACUGGCGUUGUGGUUCCAUUGAUAUUUGCUUCAACAUCAAGGCUGAAAAAUGUUAGUGUUGUGUUCUUGCCUUUCCAAUCUGCUCUUUCCUACAUCGCUACUGGUUUUCCCAGUACUUUGCCAAGUCUCGUGACUCUGACCUUACUCUGUUACGAGCCUGAGAGAACUAUUGUACCUGAAAGGCCUUUCAAAUUUAAUUAUCUUCAGAAUCUGAGGUUGGAGUUAAUUACAUGUGACAAUGGAAUCAGAAAGACUGAUGUCCUUGAUUAUGCUUAUCUCCUGAAGAUUGCUCCUUUCUUGGAAAAAUUGGAGUUGUCUAUGUGGAUGGAACGGCAUCGACCGUAUUGCAAAGAGGACGGUGAGAUAAGGAUUGGUCUUCCACACAAGCAUGCCCAUCUCAAAUCUGUUCGUAUCAGUGGUUUUUUUGGCUACAAAGAUCAGGUGGAGCUAGCACUUUACAUCCUUCGCAAUUCUAUCGUGCUCGAGAAGAUGGAAAUCACCCCAAAGCUAGAAAUAAGUAACAAUCUUGCACUUGAUGGCUUUCAAUUUGAGGAGCUACACGACGUGGAUGGCUAUAGAGUUGCCACUGAAUUUGUUUGGAAAGCAGACCAUCGCAAUGUUAUUAAUGUGGUAAGGGUGCCAUCUUCUUGGGGGCCCGGCGAGACAGCCAUGGAUGCAUGA